GUUCAAUACGUUCUGCAAACAAUCACUUAACCAAACAAUUCAAAAUGUUCAAAUUCUUCGCUUUGUGCUUGAUGGCUGUCGUUGCCUUGGCUGCUGCUAAACCCGACAUUGUUGCUCCCUUGACUUAUACCGCUCCCUAUGUAGCUGCUGCCCCAUACACAGCUGCCUACACUGCCGCUUAUGCCGCCCCUUACACUGCCGCCUAUACCGCUCCUUACUACUCUGCUCCCUAUGUUGCCGCUCCUUAUGCCAGUGCUUACACUUAUCCUUAUGCUGCUUCCUACUUGUUGCGUAAAUAG